AUGGAGCAGAAGAAGGAAAUCUCCUCCUUUCCGAUGUCCGACCUGAAACGUCCCCCUGAUCCGUAUGCAGCGAAAUCACACAGCUCGGAUCUGUAUCCACCGAAAUCACAUAGCUCAGAUCCAUAUGCAGCGAAAUCAUAUAGCUCAGAUCCGUACGCAGCAAAAUCAUACAGCUCAGAUCCAUAUGCAGCGAAAUCACACAGCUCAGAUCCUUACGCAGCAAAAUCAUACAGCUCAGAUCCGUAUGCAGCGAAAUCAUACAGCUCAGAUCCGUAUGCAGCGAAAUCAUACAGCUCAGAUCCGUACGCAGCGAAAUCAUAUAGCUCGGAUCCGUACGCCCCCAAAAUGGAUCCGUGUGCAAUAGAACCUUCCGCCCCAGAAUAUGUUGAAUCCUCAGAGAACUGUUCCUAUACCAUAGAAAUUAUUUCCGAGGAAUGUCCGUCUCCCCCACCCUAUACACUGGAAGAUGUCCAUUGUGACAAAGGACGAUCAGGCUGUUGUUCAAGCGGUUGUACCACUGGUAUCCAACCGCCAGUCGUGGUUGCCGGGAUCUUCUCGUGCGAACCGGCCUCGACCAUCUGCCCCUGCUGCCGCCAGAUCAUUACCACGGAAGUCGUCUACCGCGUGGGAUCUCUGACCUACGCGCUCUGCACUUGUAUGUGCAUGGUCGGCUGCUGCCUGGGAUGCUGCCUGCUCCCGUUCACUUCCAAAUGUUGCAAGGACGUGGACCACUACUGCCCCUGCUGCCGGUACCACAUCUAUCGCUACAAGAGGCUGUAGGCCUCUCUGCCAGCUGGCGUCUCCUGCCCAAAGAGGGGCGUGCACGUGUGAAAUCCCUCCAUGCCUCUGCGGAUCUAUACAUCGGCGCCUGAGGGCCUGCCACAAGUCGCCCUCCGCUUUACCUCGCCUAUCCCUCAGCAACUGUGCCGCAGCCUCUCGAACUCGGCUCUCAGGCACAGGGUGCUGAUCUGCUGGCCUGCUGCUUGCCAUAGCAGCUCCUCAAGCGGUACCUUCCCCACCCUGCCAAGGUUGCCAACUCUGGUUCGGGAAAUUCCAGGAGAUCAGGGGGCAGCGCUUGGAGAAGCCAGAGUUUUGGGAAGCCACCCAGACGAGAGCUGCCGUUGUCUCUGGGAAAGCUGAUCUCUGUAAACAGGAGCCUACUUGGAUUUCCCAGGCCACUUCAGGCCCCACUUAGGGGCUGGGAGCUGUCUGCCCUGCUGCGGUCCGCCCCACAAUUCCCCUGCGGACUCCCCUUUCAGUUCCUUCUGGAAGCCACCUCAGAUUCAGCCCAGUCAGAGUCUUGCACCCAGCGUAGGAUCCUGCCAAAAGUCUGACAUAGUCCCACACUCACUCACACAAUGGAAGCCCGGGGAGCAUCUUUUUAGGGUGGGGAGAUACAAGAGGUGCUGUGCAUGAGAGAUUAUGGAUCUGAAAGUUAACUCAUUUUGACGAGAAAUUUCUGCACUGUUUUAAGUUCUGCUGGAUAAAAAUUAAAAUGACCCUGUUCAGGGGGAAAA